AGGGACAUAAAAAUCAGCUCUCAGUCCACUUCUCUUAUUAUUAAAAAAAUAACGGAUCUCUCGGUUGGUUAUUUCGAUUUUAUUACUGGAAAAUAAAUAAAAAUAAAAUCCCAACUCCUGUUUUGUGAGGGUUUGUCUUGAGCUGAUGCCUCCAACUGCCAAUUCCGGUCGUUAAAUCACGCCCAGUUUCCCGCCGAUUGGUUUGCUUAUGUAUUAACAAUUCUAGGGUUUCUGUUUAUCUGCAGAAAACCCUAAACAGACGAACAAGAAAUCAUGUCUCGACAAGCAACUACUUCGCAUUUUCACAAAUCCAAAACUCUCGACAACAAAUAUAUGCUUGGAGAUGAGAUCGGAAAAGGAGCAUAUGGUCGAGUUUACAAAGGGUUGGAUUUGGAUAAUGGGGAUUUUGUUGCUAUUAAACAAGUUUCAUUGGAGAAUAUUGCUCAAGAGGAUCUCAAUAUCAUUAUGCAAGAAAUUGAUCUACUAAAGAAUUUGAAUCACAAAAAUAUUGUAAAGUAUCUUGGAUCUUUAAAGACGAAGUCUCAUCUGCACAUUAUCCUUGAGUAUGUGGAAAAUGGUUCACUUGCAAAUAUUAUCAAGCCAAACAAAUUUGGACCCUUCCCUGAAUCAUUGGUGGCUUUUUAUAUUGCCCAGGUGUUGGAAGGGUUGGUAUAUCUGCACGAACAAGGUGUUAUUCAUAGGGAUAUCAAGGGAGCAAAUAUUUUGAUAACUAAAGAGGGUCUUGUUAAACUGGCUGACUUUGGGGUUGCAACAAAACUAACCGAGGCAGAUGUUAAUACACAUUCCGUUGUUGGGACACCAUACUGGAUGGCCCCUGAGGUAAUUGAAAUGUCAGGGGUCUGUGCUGCAUCAGAUAUCUGGAGUGUAGGUUGCACCGUCAUCGAGCUUCUGACAUGUGUUCCCCCAUAUUAUGAUCUUCAACCUAUGCCGGCCCUUUUUCGGAUUGUCCAGGACGAACAUCCUCCAAUAUCUGAUCGCUUAUCCCCCGAUAUCACAGAUUUCUUGCACCACUGCUUUAAAAAGGAUGCUAGACAGAGACCAGAUGCAAAAACAUUACUUCUCCAUCCCUGGAUACAAAAUUCAAGGCGUGCCUUGCAGUCCUCUCUUCGGCAGAAUAGCGGAUCAGUGAGAAGUAUACAGGAAGAUGCUUCACUGACUACGGAAAUCUCAAAUGAAGAUGGUCGUAGCACUGGUGAAAGCCCUUCUGGCGAGAAAACGCCUACAGAUGCCUCGGAGUUCGAACCGCUUCAGGAGGACACGAGUAAAGAUUUAUUACCAUCAGAAGCUGUUGAUACAACCAAUUCUGAUGCAGCUCUAGAUUCAAAAGAUCGUCAUGAAGAUGUAGAGAAUUCUCUUCCUGCUCAAGAUCCCACCUUAGCUUUCCAGGAAAAAUUGUCUAUAGAAAAUAGUUCUGGCAGGUUGUUGUCCACCAAGGAAGUGUCUGUUUCUAAUCUAGAAGGUUCGCAAGUACAAUCAAAUAUGGGUGACCCAGAUGAAAGGGUUGGAAAUGGAGAGGUGAACCCUAGUGAGUCAAGAAGGCGAAUAGAUAAAGAACUAGAAGGACAUGGAGGCUCCAGUGUUAGUGACAGAUGUCUAUCCGCCAUUAGACCUCCGGCUCAUGAAGCUUCUCCCCAAAAGGCUUCUAUGGCAUCCCUUGUUUCUGGAAGACAUGAGCUCAGUAGAUUUAGUGAUACACCAGGAGAUGCUUCUUUGGAUGAUCUGUUUCAUCCUCAGGAUAGUAUUCAGGGAGCCUCAUCAUCGGUUUCCUCGUUACGCAUCAGCGAAAGCAAUCUGACUCCCAGUGAAGCAGGAAAACAUGACCUGGCAGCAGAGCUUAAGGCUAAGAUGGCUCAGAAAAGAGCGGAGAGUGAGCCUGGGCAGACAAAUGAUGGGAAUUUGUUGCGUAUCAUGAUGGGUGUUCUUAGGAAGGAUGUAAUUGAUCUUAACACUUUGGUAGACGAAAAGUUUCCCGGAGGAAACCUUUUUCCCCUACAGGCUGUAGAAUUUAGCAGAUUAGUCGGGUCACUGAGGCCAGAAGAACCAGAAGAUGUGAUUGUCUCAUCAUGUCAGAAACUCGUUGUUUUCUUUCAUGAACGCCCUGAUCAGAAGAUUGUGUUUGUUAAGCAGCAUGGAUUGCUUCCUUUAAUGGAACUCCUUGAAGUUCCGAAAAAUCGUGUUAUCUGUUCAGUUCUACAAAUUAUAAAUGAGGUGAUAAAGGACAACAGUGACAUCCAAGAAAAUGCUUGCUUAGUUGGCCUGAUACCUAUUGUGAUGAGCUUUGCGAUACCUGAUCGUCCCAGGGAAGUUCGCAUGCAAGCAGCUCAUUUCUUGCAGCAGCUUUGCCAGUCCAGCUCCUUGACACUGCAAAUGUUCAUCGCUUGCCGUGGUAUACCUGUAUUGGUGGGGUUUCUUGAGGCUGAUUAUGCCAAAUACAGGGAAAUGGUCCAUCUUGCUGUAGAUGGAAUGUGGCAGGUAUUUAUGCUCCAGAAAUCAACACCCAGAAACGAUUUCUGUCGCAUAGCUGCAAAGAAUGGAAUCCUUAUUAGGCUCAUCAACACCCUUCACAGCUUGAAUGAGGCAACUCGACUAGCCUCGAUUUGUGCUGGUGCGACGUCUAUAUUAGGAGAUGCUUCUGCUCCGCGGCCACGAUCUGGACCGCUGGAUUAUACUUAUCCGCUUUCAGUACAGAGUGAAACUACACUUUCUGGGUCCGACCAGCCUGAUUUAAGUAAGGUUAAUCAUGGAAUUAUCGACCAUCCUUUGUCUGUUGGAGCAACAGCGGAACCACCUCGUUCUUCAGCUUCCUACUCCCCUAGUGAUAAUGAUAAAGCACAGUCGAGCCGGGCUGUAAUGGAAGCUUCAGUAGCUUCUAAGUUGCCUGAUCUAACGAACGCUGAAAAUUAUGGUACUAAAGAAGCUGCAAGAUCCUCUAAGGACUGGGACUACUUGGACUUAAGGAAAUCUGAUCUUUCUCGAACAGAAGUUGACAAUAUUAAACAACAACGAAUAUCUUAUUCCGGAAGCCGUACAUCUACUGAUAAGCCUCUAAACAAUGGAUUUUCUAAUAGCUCGGUUUCUCAGCAAGAGCAAGUUCGACCUCUUCUUAGCUUGUUGGACAAGGAACCUCCUUCUCGACAUUUCUCUGGCCAGCUUGAGUAUGUACGUCACCUCUCUGGAUUUGAGAGGCAUGAGAGUAUACUGCCUCUAUUACAUGCAUCCACAGAAAGGAAAACUAAUGGCGAACUAGAUUUCUUGAUGGCAGAGUUCGCUGAGGUUUCUGGACUUGGAAGAGAAAAUGGAUAUGCAGAAUCUACUACGCCUAGGAUGUCACACAAGGCUUCAAAUAAAAAGCUUGGACCACCGAUAACUAAUGAAGGAGGUGCUUCAACAUCUGGUGUUGCAUCUCAAACUGCAUCAGGGGUACUAUCUGGUUCCGGAGUUCUGAAUGCUAGACCAGGAAGUGCUACCUCAUCUGGGUUACUUUCCCAUAUGGUAUCUUCAUUGAAUGCCGAUGUGGCAAGAGAGUAUCUUGAAAAGGUGGCAGACCUUCUGCUUGAGUUCGCUCGAGCUGACACAACUGUUAAAUCGGUCUAUAUGUGUACCCAGAGUUUGCUUAGUCGUCUCUUUCAGAUGUUCAAUAGGGUAGAACCUCCGAUUCUUUUGAAGCUUUUGAAGUGCAUCAAUCAUUUGUCAACCGAUCCAAAUUGCUUAGAGAGUCUACAACGGGCAGAUGCAAUCAAACACUUAAUCCCAAACCUCGAACUCAAGGAAGGGCCUCUCAUAUCUCAAAUACAUAAUGAAGUUCUCAAUGCGCUGUUCAAUCUCUGUAAGAUAAACAAAAGGAGACAAGAGCAAGCGGCUGAAAACGGAAUCAUUCCACAUUUGUUGCAUUUUGUAAUGUCAGAUUCACACUUGAAACAAUGUGCACUGCCUCUACUUUGUGACAUGGCUCACGCCUCCCGGAAUUCAAGGGAGCAACUAAGGGCCCAUGGUGGGCUGGAUGUGUACCUGAGAUUACUGGAUGACGAGUUGUGGUCAGUGACUGCAUUAGAUUCUCUUGCAGUUUGCUUGGCUCAUGAUAAUGACAACAAGAAAGUUGAACAAGCCUUACUGAAGAAAGAAGCAGUUCACACAUUGGUCAAGUUCUUCCAAGGCUGUCCAGAGCAACAAUUUGUGCACAUACUGGAGCCUUUCUUGAAAAUUAUCACAAAAUCAGAAAAAAUCAACAAAACGCUGGCUGUUAAUGGCUUGACAUCAUUGCUCAUAUCAAGACUGGAUCAUCAAGAUGCUAUUGCUCGCCUCAACCUGCUAAAACUAAUUAAGGCUGUGUACGAGUGCCAUCCACGGCCAAAACAACUCAUUGUUGAAAAUGAACUGCCUCGAAAGCUUCAAAAUUUAAUCGAAGAACGAAGAGAUGGGCAGAGCUAUGGAGGCCAGGUCUUAGUGAAACAAAUGGCUACUGCACUGCUCAAAGCUCUCCACAUCAACACUGUUCUGUAAAUUCGGGUUCCCUACCCCUCUUCUUUGUAUAUUCGACUUUAUAGGUUUUAAUGUAAUUCAAUUUUAAUUUUAAUUGCUCAAAUGUUUAUUUAAUUUGUGCCAUCUCUUUUUUUCAUAUGCGCACAAAACGGAACAGCAAAGCAGUUAAGUAUCAUUUAGGGUGUGAGUUUUGGAGUUGUGGUUUGGGUUUUAUGCUGAAAACACAUGAUUGUCGAUUUCCUUUUCAGUUUUAGCCGAGUUGUGUAUAAUGUAACAACACUGAUUAUAGAUUGUUAAUCUUCUAAUGUAAUAGAGGUUUUCUUAUUUGA